GAUAUCGGAAUGGGCUUAUUUGUCCAGCGCUGCACAGCACCGGAUUGCUCAAAAGCCGCUCUCGGGCGGCAAGAUAUUCAGGAAUUUGGCUUGAACUCGAAAUUGUUAAGAAAUUUUGAGGUUUUGAACGGAGGACCGAUGAGCGGUGCGCAGAUAUCAUUGUACAACGUAAUCGGCAAGUAUAUGGAUCUUUCCGUAGCUGGAAUGAAAACAGAUUGCACGGGAACUCUGACGGAGAAAGAGAUUGAAUCAGCCCGAGAUCAGGGUUUGUCACGACCGAAGGUGUUGCUGCUAUGUCCGAUGAAAAAGGAUGCCUUUGAAAUAAUAGAAAAUUUUCGGAUGUUAAUUUUUGGCGAUUCUGAUAAGCCGUUUGUUUCGAAUUAUCGUCGUUUCAAGACGGAGUUUGGUGACAACGGAUUCAGGAUAUCCGAUAAACGAAAGGUAUUCGAUGAUUAUCGGCAACUUAUGAGCGGAAAUGUGGACGAUUGCUUUCGAAUUGGUGUAGCAAUUGCGAAAAAAAGUUUAAAAUUGUAUACGCCUUUUGAUGAAUCAGAUAUAUUAGUUGCAUCACCAGUAGGAAUGCGUAUGAUUGUUGGCGAAAGCACUGAUUCGGAACGUGAGACUGAUUUCUUGGCUUCAAUCGAGGUACUAGUUAUUGACAAGGCUGAUUUGUUGCUAAUGCAAAAUUGGGAACAUUUAUUGAACGUUGUUGAUAGUCUACAUAUUCUGCCAAAAAAGCAACUCACAGUUGAUGUUUCGCGAGUACGACAGUGGAGUCUGGAGCAACUUGCUAAACUUUACAGAUUUUUUUGA